UGUUUGUGUUGUCAAGAGUUUUGACAUUUCUUUUUGUUUCGUCAAAAAUAUUUUUCUGUCAUUUAAUUGUGAUUUGAAUUGUGUUUUGAUUGAAGACAUCGAUUGCCAAACAGUGAGAGAAAGAGAGAGACAGAUCUGCUGAGAGAUAGUGAGUGUGUUUCGGGGGACAAGACGUGGUGAUCGUCGGCGGUGGUGGACAAUGGGCUCAAUCGUGUUGACCACGUUGUCUGUAUUCCUGGGCAUGUUCUUCGUGUUCAUGGGAUCCAUUAAACUCAACCAACAGAUCAAUCGGGAAAUGCAUCGCGAGAUCCGCCGCCAGUUUGUUCAGUACGCGAAAGUGAUUCCUAUGGCCACAGCUCUCGGCCUCAAAGUGUCGCCGAAGUACUACCGAUUGACCAUUGGAUGGCUGGAACUGAUCGCCGGUAUCUCAUUGGCCUUCAUUCCCGGACGCGUUAAACUCGUCUCUAAUGUCAUACUUCUUGGCGUCACUUUUGGCGGGAUUUACACUCAUGUCAUGAUUGGAGACAAGUUUGAAAGAAUCGCGCCGUCGAUUGUCUUCACUUUAAUGCUUUGCUGUCGUCUAAUCGUCUCAUAUCAGGUCAGCAGAAGAGAAGCGCGUCAGGCGUUGACUGCUGUGAAACAAGUGUCCACUGAAUCUGAUGAGCACAAGACGAAAGAGGAUUAA